AUGCCGAAGAAGCACGCGGCGGCCCCCGGCCCCCGCAAACCCCCCGUGAGGGCGCCGGCGGAGGACAGGGACCCUAAUCAUAUAAACGACCAACUAAAGUUUGGUUUUUAUCACGUCUUUGGUGAGCCGUACGGGACUAGGAGCGCAGACUGUACAUGGGAGUUCUCCAGGACUUUUUAUGACUGUUUUAUUGGCUUUAUUUACAAACUGAUCACCUUCUUCACUGCUCCAUGUAUAGCAUCAUGGUGGGGAUGUGAAUUUGCCAUAAUAGCAUUCCAACAUGUCUGGUGCAUUACCCCUUGUUUUAAAUGCGUAGAAAUUGUUUUUUCUUUAUUCACCAGAAUAUUUAGAAGUUGUAUGAGAUGUUGCAUUUAUCCUCCUUGCCGUGCUUUCGGACACAUCUUUAUAUUGUUUAGAAAGGAGGGAAUAAAUGAUGAAGAAGAUGACAAUCCAUUUUACCAUCUCCAAAAAGCGCCUGUAAGGAAAACGAGAAUUAUACAAACUCCGUCUCGUAAGAAUAAAGUGGCUCCUGAAAAAGCUGAGAAACCAAAUCAGGCGAAGAAAAAAGAAGUGGCGGAUCCCAAUGUUAUGCCAGGAGUGGUGGCUAUUUCUGUAGCUAACGAAAUAGAGGAUCCAGAAGAUUAUUUAGGCGAGAAGGCUAAUAUGGUGAACGCAAUUAAGCGACAAAUGCUAAUGUGA